AAAGAAAGCUCUAUUCUCAAGUCAAAAAGAAUAUUCAAAUAUUUAAUUGAUCUUAAAACAAAUAAUUCGUUGAAGAUCAUAUUUACGUUGCGACAAUGGGCGCGAUUUAGUAAGGUACCUAAAUGUCCUGUCGCCAUGCAUUUCGUGAGGUAGUCGAUGACCUCAGUUGGAGCUAUUUGUUCCAGUUCCCAUCAUUCGCAAGUGAAGCAAGCACUCAGUCCUGUCAACAAUCUUAUUACACAUGCUGCACCAAUAAAUCCAGUCCAGUGAUUUAGCCAUGCCAGUUCAACUCAGAAGUAGGCCCGGAGCACCAGGUCCUAAAGCCUGUUGCUCAACAACUCCAUUCAGAGUUCCUUCAACAGUUAAUACUGAGAACAGUUCAGACUCAGCUCUGCUAUUUAAACUGCCGCCUGAGGUUCUCGCCAUGAUCUUCGACCAAGCACCACAGGUGGACAAGAACAUGUUAGCGAUGACUUGCAAAAGUUUACUCGCCACUUCGAGGCUGUGCGGCCUCUCUGUACCUCUUCGCGAAUCGCACAUGGCCAUUUGGAAUCGGCCUGACUCUUCACACUCUGUGAUUCCCUGCUCAUGUUUGAACAUGGGCGAUUUACUCCGAAGGUUUCGACCAAGAGAUGCACGUGGUCGACCAAGUCGGGCGUGGAGUUGGUGCCUGGACUGCUGUAGGUACCUCCCGACAAGACGAGGAUGGUGGGAACGUCGAAUGAAAAGAGAGUCUAUUGGGAGAUCACGAGAUGAGUUGUCAAAUCGUGAACCGAGUAUUGAUUGGUUCAGUCGCGGACUCAAACAGCAGUGCCCUAUUUGUUACCUGAACGACCAAUCAACUUACUAAAAUUUGACAACUUAAAAGUAUGAAGAUGAUAGAUAGUCAAGCAUACAUUUUGCGGCCAUUUCUUAUGAUCCUUUAACUUUAAUUUUUUAUGAACAAACGAACUUAAAGACCUCCGAAACAGAAAUUACCAGUAACGUUCUCACGCUUGUGCAUAUCGUACAAACACAAACACUACAACUGAACCAGCCCAAUUCUCAACUAUGAGAUGCAACACUAUAAAUAUCUAGAUAAGAUGUCUCAAAACACUGUAUCGAUUAAAGCUGUUACGCACUGGAAUGGUGUUGACCGGGCUCAUGGGGC